AUGAACACAGGAACUCAGCCGAGGAGUGUCCCCAUGGAGAAUGAGCUGAAGUUCUACAUGGUACACACAUCCCUGGAUGUGGUGGACGAGAAGAUCUCUGCAAUGGGGAAGGCCCUGGUGGACCAAAGGGAGCUCUACCUGGGCCUGCUGUACCCCACAGAGGACUACAAGGUAUAUGGCUACAUGACCAAGUCCAAGGUGAAGUUUGCUAUGGUGGUGGAUGCUUCCAACAUAGCGCUUUUUGACAAUGAGAUUCGCAGUAUGUUCCAGAAGUUGCUUGUUGAUUGA